AUGUCAUUCUUUGGCUUCAACACCAACCUCCCCGGGGGCCGCGGCCACCAGCCCAAUGCGCCUGGCUUUGGGCAGCACGAUGCCUUUGCUGGCUUCAGUGGAGGGGCAGCCGACGACCAAGUCAUCGACUUCGAGGAGACGUACCAGGGCCUCGGCGGCGCCCUCGAUGACGCCGACGAUGCCUUCAACGACGACACUUUCGGCGGCGAUGGCCCCGCCACGCAGCAGAGCGUGGGCAAGGACUUCGAUUUCGCCGGCCAGACCUCGAACGUCUCGAACACGUUGCAGGAGGAGCAGAUGCUCUACCAGGCGCGUCAGGGCUUCUCCAGGCCUGCUCCCCAGCAGCAGCAACAGCAGCAGCAGCACCAGCAGCACCAGCAGCAGCAACAGCAACAGCAGCACCAGCAACAGCAGCACCAGCACCAGCAGUACCGCCAGUCGGCCCCCCAAGCCUCCAAGCCCAACAGGACUGGCUACGAAGGCUACAAGGAUCCCGAGUACAUUCCUCGACUGGAGGCACGCGCCGACAUCUGGGGUCUAAAGCCAAAGGAGCCUGCUGCUCAGCGUCACCAGCAGCCUCAGCCUCAGCAGGACCCUGCUCCGUACUCCAGCAGCCCCGCCCAGCCAUCUGCUGCCUCGAGGAAGGUCAUGAGCGUCGACGAGAUCGAGGCUAUGAUGCGCGGGCAGAGCAUUGGCAACGACGCUCGAGGCACACCCCCGGUGCAGCCGCCUCCCGGCAUGGGCUACCCGCAACAGUUCCCUCAGCAGCACCAGCAGCAGUUCUUCCAGGGCCAGCCACCUUUCCCCGGCAUGCCUCCCAUGCAGGGCAUGCCGCCUGGAAUGCCACCUGGCGUGCCCCAGCAGCAACAGCAGUUCCACGCUGAGCUUCCCGGUCAAUCUGCACAGACGCCGACUCAGCAGCCUACUAUUCUGCAGCGCCAAAAGCCAGAGCCCGCCGCUCAGCAACAGAGAGGCGCCUCGCCUGCUGCUCAACCGCAAGGCCCGCCGCCGACCCAGCCUCGCCAGAUCCUACAAAACCCCAACCGUCUGUCUGGUCAGGGCCAGCCCAUGGCUCAGCAUGAUCAGCCUGCGCAAAGACAGACGGCUGGCAGCGCUCCUGGGCAACACAACAGAGGCCCCUCGUUCCCAAUAAUCACCCACCCAGAACAGCUGCUCAACCUGUCCGAGGCUGACCGUGCAGCUUUCCUCGAGGAGGAUGCUAAACGUGCGAAGCGCAACCACAAGAUUGCACAGCUGGCCAAGGACAAUGGUCUGAUGACACCCCAGGACAAGAACUUCAUCACCCGCAUCCAGCUGCAGCAGCUCAUGACGGCAACCGGCAACCUCGAUGAGAGGGGUCCGGAGGCCGCCAUUGCUGAGGACUUUUACUACCAGGUCUUUAGCCAGAUUCGAGGUGCUCCUCGCCAGAACCCUCAGCAGCCAGCCAAUCAGUUUGCCCAAACCUACCUCUUCCAGACCAACAACAGGUUCGGCAACCGAAGGCAUGGCCGCGGUGGUGACAACCACAUGCAGCGUAUGGAGCAGCAGAUCCAGCGCGCAGUUGAGGCCGCAAAGGCCAGGCCUAAGGCGAAGCAGCUCGUCGUCGAGGGCAGCCUGGGCAAGAUUGCGUUCAGCAACUCGAAGACGCCGCGACCGCUUCUCAACAUCAAGCGUCCAGAGACAGGCGAUAAGCCCAAGCCCAAGACCUCGAUCGCCGACCGCAAAGACGCGCUGCGCAACAUCGAGAACAUCUACCUCACCCUGAUGCAGAUGGAGGAUCACGAGCGAACUAUGCCACCGCCCGUCAACGAGGGUAGCGACCCUGAGGCCAUCCAGGCACACAUGGAGUGGCGCUCUAAGAUCGAGGCUCUGCACGCAAAGCUCUGGAAGGUGACCAAAAUCAUGGAGCCCAUCAACCCUCAUGCGCAGGCACAGCAUCCCUUCAUUCAGAUCUUGUCGCACGCCAAGGGUAAGAAGGUCAUUCCUCGUCUCUUCCGCCACAUCGAUGAGCAGGAGCGUAUCACAGUAGUCACUAUGAUUGUCGUUCACCUCGACGGCCUUAACGUGGUCGGCCACGCCAUCGCAACACCAGACGAGCCCUUGAGCCCUGCUAUCCGUGAAGAGGUCGAGCUGUUCUCGCAGACUGUGAUGCCGCCACUCUUCGCACACAUCUCCGAGUCGCCUCUGAACAUCAUCAUUGGUCUCCUUGGACUUAUCCUGGACCGCACUAAUCUCCACGUUGUCGCACGUACCAAGAUUGGCCUGUCUCUCUUGACCAUCUUGAUCUCUCGCGCUGAGCUCCUCAAGCAGUCGGCUCCCGAGACGGAUGCCGGCGACUGGGACCAGUGGACAAUCCUCUACAACCGCCUCUUUGACACCAUCGAGCCCGUGCUUCCGUACCUGUUCCCUGGCUCCAUCAACGACACAGAUGAUAUGUACAUCUGGCAGUUCUUGGCUGCUAUGGGUGUCGGUGCCAGCCCCGAGCAACAACAGAGGCUGGUUAUCGGUGUCAAGGACCGCGUCAUGGAGACCGUCUCCGUCAGCAAGGCGUUGCCUGCGGAAAUGGCUGGAGCUCGCCUGGGCAACGUGAACCUGUUCAUGAGGGCCAUCGGUCUCGACGUCGAGCUGCUCGGUUGA